AUGCUGCGGCUGCUGCUGGUGCUGCUGCUGCUUCUGGGGCUGGCGGGGGGCCGUCGGGCCGCCCUGCUGCGGCUGGGGCUGAGGGGUAGUCCCCUCCGGGAGGUGAGCCCGGCUUUCCUCUCCCUCACCCUGGACGCCAGCAUCGCCCGCAACCCGCGCUUUGUCGCCUUGCUCAGCAAUGUCAAACUCCGUGCCCUGGCAGCAGCCCUGUCCCCAGGGUUCCUGAGGUUUGGUGGCACUGAAACAGAUUUUCUCAUCUUUGAUCCCAACGAGGAUUCAACUCCAGAAGAGAAAACCCUCUGGGAACUUGAGGUCCAGCAAGGCUCACCAUUGCUCUCCUCCAUGGAGAGGAGAUCUGUGGACCUUCAGCACAGUCUGUGGCAGAAGCAGCACCAGCCAUGGAAAAGGGAGGAAGGGCACAGGGGACAUCAUGUCCACCCCAGCAUCUGCUGGAACUCUCCCUUUGGCACCCCGUGCUUCCUGCAGCAGCCUUGGGAGCUCCCACACUGCCUGGGAGGCAGUCAAGGGCCUUGUGGCUCAACACCUGCCUUUGCUGCUGUCGAGAAGCUGUUGCUGUCCCAGUGGCCCAGCCAGGAGAAGCAGAUUCUUGCAGACUAUAACCGAAAAAAGCACAGAAACACCACCAUUACAAGGAACACUCUGGAUAUUCUCUACAGCUUCGUAAACUGCUCAGGGUUCCACCUGAUCUUUGGGCUUAACGCCUUGCUCCGGAAAGAUGGCUUCCAGUGGGACAGCUCAAAUGCCCAGGCACUGCUGGACUACUGUGCUUCACAGAGAUACAACAUCUCCUGGGAGCUUGGGAAUGAGCCCAACAGCUUCAGGAAGAAAUCUGGCAUCUACAUUGAUGGCUUCCAGCUUGGGCAAGAUUUUAUCCACUUACGGCAGCUUCUAAGUAACUACACCUUCUACCAGCACACCAAGCUCUAUGGUCCUGAUGUUGGUCAGCCCCGAAAGCACACACAGAGAUUGCUGAGAAGCUUCCUGAAGUCAGGAGGGAAGGUGAUCAAUUCUGUCACAUGGCACCAUUACUAUGUGAAUGGACGAAGUGCAACCAGGGAGGACUUCUUGAGCCCCAAGGUGCUGGAUUCCUUUGCCACUGCUGUACAUGAAGUCCUGGAGAUUGUUGGUGGGACUGUGCCCAACAAGAAGGUCUGGCUAGGAGAGACAAGCUCUGCCUAUGGAGGAGGAGCCCCUGGGCUGUCCAACACUUAUGUUGCUGGCUUUAUGUGGCUGGACAAACUCGGACUUUCAGCCAGGCAAGGGAUUGAUGUUGUGAUGAGACAAGUUUUCUUCGGGGCAGGGACCUAUCACCUGGUGGAUACCAACUUUGAGCCUUUGCCGGACUACUGGCUCUCGCUGCUCUACAAGAAGCUGGUGGGUACCAAGGUGCUGCAGGUGAGCCUGGCAGGAGCCGACGAGAAGAAGCUCCGUGUUUACCUCCACUGCACUAACACCCUCCAUCCGAAAUACAGAGAAGGGGAUGUGACCUUGUUGGCUUUAAACCUCUACAAUGUAACCCAACAUUUGCAGCUACCCAAUUACUUGUCCAGCAAGCACGUUGAUCAGUACCUCUUGCUGCCUCAUGGCAAAGAGAAUAUACUUUCCAGGUCUAUUGAGCUGAACGGCCGUGUGCUACGGAUGGUGGAUGACAAAACACUGCCAGAGCUUACAGAAAAAAACCUUGAACCUGGCACCAUACUUGGCCUUCCAGCCUUCUCUUAUGGUUUUUAUGUUAUCAAAAAUGCCAAAGCUAUUGCUUGCAUUUAAAUGGUUAAUACACACACAGAGGAUAAAUAUAAAGCACUUGGCUAGCCGGGAAGUUCAAGCCUAGAAAUUCACAUUUCUACCAUGGGACUUAAUUCUAGCAAGGGAUGCAAAUGUGGUGGCAGUGUUCUGAUAUGUGGGCUGGAGAAGAAGUGCUGUCCUGCUGGGUAAUUUGCACAUGCAAGAUGCUCGUGGAGCUCCUGGGAGAGUUAUCCAGGUUAAGCAAGCCCAGGCAGGGGCUGGUUUUGCUCUUGGUCCAGCCUGGGUCACUGCACGUGAGCACAGGGCCCUUCUCCACACCAUGCUGCAUCAGCUUCCCAUGCUGUACUUGAGGCUCUGCCAGAGAGGAACUGCAGCCUCCCCUCUCCUCAUUUCUGCAAGCACAGCUCUUAAAGCAGUUCCUUCGAACACUUGACUUCAGAAAGGACAAGCAGGUUUUUUCUAUUUUAGCUCUACAGCUGUGAUUUUUGCUUGCACUAUGUGGGGAAGCUCAAGGAGGGGUUAUGGUUGCUCAAGCAACCUCCAGGCAGAAAGCAAUGACCACAGAGCAACCCCAGGUCAUGGUUUGCAUUCUGCAGGAGAAGAUACAUUCUUGAGAAACCAGGUCCUUCCAUGGGAUUUGGGGCAUGUUUUUCCUAAGCUAGGAGAGUUCAGUCACAAGAUAGAGCUACGGCCCCACGCUUUCCAAAGGCAAGUUUUUGGCAUGUGAAAUGCAGGCUGUUCUACCUCUGCCCCUCACACACUUCAUCCCCGGGAAGAAAGGAGCAGAGCCCACCAGCACCCUGGCAAACCUUCCAUGGGCAGCACAAUGAGGGCUCCAACUCCUCACCAUUCCCCACCCUGCAAGUGGUUCAGCUGGAAAGGAUUUCCCUGAACAUUCCUGGAGGUGAAGCUCGCUUUAGUGUUCAGCUCUCUUCUAUAUUCACGGAAACAUGGAAAGGGAGAGUCAAGAGGCUGAGGAAACCACCCAUCCCUUCACCACCAGAGGGACAUCAGUGGUCUCCAAGCAUCCUGGGGAAAAACCUCCCUGACAUCCCUUCUGCUGGGGAAAACAGCUAUUUUGGUCAGAAAUCUGUGUUGGCAGUGAGUUCUGUCCCAGGCUGUGCUUUGCCCAUGCAAACCCUGCAGCAGUUGGAUGUGCCAUGGUCACUUACUCUGGCACAUGUGCUGCUCAUCUGGGCAGUAAACUGCCCCAGAGAAUACCUGUGGUCUCCCACGUGUGUUUGUCUGCAUCUACUUUUCUUGAAGAUAUAUAGAUAUAUAUAUAUAUAUAUAUAUAUAUAUAUAACCCCUUACACUGUCAGUGCCUUAUGACAUUUUGAGCACAGCAGGGGAAAACACCACCACACUGCUCUAUUUCCCUCUAAGCUUUAGAAGGAUGCCACCAGCUACUUGGGGUUUCAACACAGGGUAGCAAGAAAGAGAUUUUUUUAAAUGGGAAGACUUUGAAAACAGAUGUACUUUUGAUGCUGUGAUGAAAAACUGCACAAUAUGAAGGUUAUAUUUAAGUUCUGUGUGUCCAAGGAGUGUUUGCAUCCACAGUGCAUAUGCAUUCAGUGAAGGCUACAUAUCUGGGGUUAAUACACAUCAGAAAUGAGACUAGGGAAGGCUUAAGUUUGUUUACAUUGUCCAAGUUCAAGAAAAGAUGUAAAGAGAGCAUAAAAUGGAGUAGAAAGUCUUACAUACAGUCAAUAUAGUUAAUAACAUUAUUGCUACUGUAAGUUACAACAAAGGCACCAAAGUCACAGUUUGCCUGGCAGCUCCUUUUUUCAAACUUUCCUAACAGUUUUGUUUAUUCCCAUGCUUGUGACUUUUAUAUUCAAAGAUUUUAAUUAAAGUAAUUUA